CAAUUUCGUCUUCCACAGAGCUAUAGAAGCAAUACCGGUCAUGGCUGUCAGUGGAAUUUCAAGUAGGGAAGUUGGCAGCUUACACAAUCUUGUCAAGUUGGUUGAAGAAGGAACUGCAAUUUUGCGUGAAGCUUUACCUGUUAAUCCCUACGAAGAGCACUUGUUAGCAAUGUUGGUUUACCACAUUGCUAAAUUCUGCUCUCUCAUUGCUUCAAGAACACCCAAUCCCAGCUGGGUGACUGCUACUCUCCUGAUCUGUUCCACUCUCAUUGCUUUCGAAGCCAUCUUGUGGGUCGUGGCUGAUCACUUCUUGUGCUUCGUCACAGCCAAUGCGAUUCUCUUAUUCAUAGCAAUGAUAUGCUACUAUAAGGACAUUCACAGCCAAAGGACUCGCCAAAGUUGAUGCUGCUGCUCAUAAGGUUGGUUGGUUUAGACGACAUAAAAUUAUUGAAUAUCACACGUCAUGCAAUGCUUGUCAAUUCAGUUAUAUUAGCAGGAUUCCUUCUUCCUCCUUAGAUUUUCACUUACUGUGCUGUGUGUUGUGACAAAACAAGACAAGAAAUUGGAUGUUUACUAUUGUUCUGUUUGGUGAGUUUUCUUUUUCUUUAGGGUGUAAUUUUUCCCGUUUACAGUUUACAAAUUGUUGAAUGCGAAUAAUGG